ACCGCACCCCACCGUUGCUCCCGCGAGAAGAGAACCAAAGAAAGACGAUUCCCACCCCGAUUGACACCUAWCCACCGGGAGUUCAGUUCCCAUGCCGAAGCCUCCGCAAGCGAUGCCGCGGCGAGAAGAAGAAUACACCGACUAUUCUUGCUCCACCGCCAUCGAACGCCUGGGCCGCGACGUCGAAACCAUUCUGCGGGCGUGGCACGUCGAUCUGGGGAGCGACCACCACGUGACCACCGCGCCGAGAUCCGGAGCGACCGGGGACCUCCMGAGCGGCCGCCGGGUUUCUUCCCUGGCCGCGGCCACCUCGGGGGGGGACGAUUCCCUGUCGAGCGUUCGCUUGAUCCGGAGCGAUUGCAUCUCGUGGAACCUGGCGGUGACGACCCGYUUCAAGGGCCGCUGCAGCCUGGUGAUCGACCUGGAACUGGCGCUGUGGGACGCACCGGGCGGGUUCUCCGGCGGAAGCGGAGGGGGCAGUGGUGUGGGCACCGGUGGCGCCGAGGAAUCCUCCCCCUCGCCGAUCGUCAGGUCCCUCCAGCGAAAACCCUUUGGAAAGAUGCCCCCGCACGAUUUCUUGUUUGACAACUUUUCGACCCUCUUUGGAAUCGGCCAGCACAUCAGUCUGUCCCCGAUCCAGCCCGAUCCGAUCCCCUGGGAGCUGGUGGACUCGCUGGGGACCUCCGUCCUGGAGCGGCACGACGGGGUCAACGUCGCGCCGUGGGUCCUCGCGUCCACCCUGUCGGGAUGGCUGCAGAAUUCCCUCAACAUUGCCUCGGCGAACUCCCGGACGUGCAUCCCGGUCUUUGGCGUCUGGGGCCUCUACCGCCCCGACGAGCUGGUGGUGCACACCGGGGACGAGAGCGGGAACGCGGUUGCCCGGGCGUCCCCGUGGGACCACGCAUCGGUGCAGGCCCCCAAGCAGCGGGGCGCCAGAAAGAACAGCCGGUCGGCCGGGAGCCUCGGCGGCUCGAGGCGUUCCGGGCUCACCAACGUCCACGAGGAAGACUCCGAGCAGGACCUCCUGCUGGGACAGACCAUCGAGACGAUCCGGAGGCAGCAGCAGGUCGAGGAAGAGCAGCUGCAGCAGUACCACAGGCACCACCGCCAGUCGUCCUCCGGCGGSAGCGUCGCCUCGAACAGCACGAGCCGCAGCCGCAGCAACCACACCAAAAUCAGCAGCCACAACAGCACCGCGGACGUUCCCGCGCGCAAGAGGAUCGGAGGCGUCCAGCUCUUUCCCCGCUGGGCCCAGGCGAUCAAGAAAAUGAGCUUUCCGCCGGAACUCCURGUCCAGACCAGCCACCGGAACCGGAGCGUCCAGAACAGGAACUUUUCGCCGCCGUUCGUGGUGGGGAGCGUGCUGACGCCGUCCCUCGCUUGUGCGGAAGCCAGCGCACGGCCGGGCGGGGAGAACCGCAUCGACCAGGCGAUUUCCGGGAAGUUUUACCGCGUGGGGGCGAAUCUGUGGGUGAGUGCCUACAGCACCAAGGCCCACCGGCACCCGGGCGACAACACCGGCAGGGGCAAGGGGAGCGACAGGAACACCAAAAACGACAUGGUUCCGUCCGCCGCCGCCGUGUUGGCGAGCAACGCACGCCUGGCCAUCUGGGCGGGGGUGUUGCUCCAGCACUGUCCGGAGGACGCCAUGGUGGUUCUAGAGGGAGCCCGGCACGUGUUUGGUUGGUUCAAGGAAAGGGAUGCCACCGAAAGCCUSAAGGGAGGGAUUCUGGGAGCUCUGACCAGGGGACGCGACGCAAACGACGGGUACGGGUAUUAUUACGGCCAGCGACUCCCACCGAGGCAUCGCCACACCGACUGGAGAAUUGGGGCAUACGACGACGAGGGUGACCUGGGACACCACUACGAAUUCGACGACAAUACGCACUUUCUUUUCUACAAGAAACAAUGCCAGGAACACGUCCAGGAUGUUUACGAAGAAGCAUGGGGCUGCAAGGACCGGAGGACGCCCCUGUGGGGAUCCAUCGAUGACCCGGUCAAAUCCGUGUACGCAACCACAACGUGGAACGGGAAAUCUUCGCCCAAAGCAAGCGGCAGCGAAGAGCCGCAAAACAGCCAGAGAAGCGUGUCAGAACCACUUCUGACGUUUCCCCUGCGGAUACGAUCGAGGCGGGAGCUGAGCAAGCGCGACUGGGCAGAAAUGGAAGAAAGCGUCGAGAAAACCAUUCUGGACCCGGGAAACCCGUCUCGGUUUUGUGUGCAGGCUUACUACGACCGAGAAACCAGCGUCUCCACACUGGCAGCAAACCAGCGCUGCGUUCUAGCCGGGCUCGUCCGUGCUACGACCCUCCCGAACGAAACCGUCCUCCACCACCUGACGGACGCAAACCUUGUCAGUCGGUGGGACGAUGCGGCGGGCCGGAAGGUCGCCGCAAAGAUCGCGGAGCUAGCCCGCGUCGGGAACGGCACCAAGAAAAUCAUCGACGCCAUGGAUUGGUCGAACGCCGUCGACGAGAUCAUCAGCGUCCGGGAAGCAGAAUACGUGGUGCAUGCCGUCAUGAACGGAAGCCUCACGGCGGGCAUCCCUUCCUCUCCCGAGGGGUUCAACAGCGAAAACGACUUUUUGGCCCCCUUCCGCAAAUCUGCCCCGUGGGGUCGUCUGCUGUCGGUUCUGUUUGCCCACAUGGCUCGCCUGCGAUCGCUGCCGUCCAUUGCCCUGGUUUGGAGGGUGUUUUGCCAAGAGCUCCGGAGGCGCUGGGACGAAAGAGAGUCUCUUCCGAACAUGCAGUACGUAGCUGGGUUGGAUCCCCAUCCACUGGAACUCAAAAAACAGCGAUGCUUCUCUACGAUCGAGCCAAAGGCAGCGUUUUCUGCGUAYCUGAACUGCUCGGAACCCGACCCGGAUGAUUACCAUUGCCUCAUUGGGCAAAAGCUUCAAGUUUUUAACUUGGGAAUCGAAUGCAUCGUGGCUGACGAACUCUUGGAAAACGAGGCCAUGGAGCAAUUCCUUGGAGCGGGGCAGUUGCCAUCGAGUCUAAAUGUAGAUGCCGACACGGGCAGUCCUCCAAAUCCCGAAGAGAUCCAAAAUCAUUCGGCCGACUCGUCUUCCUGGAAGAGCACUCCCAAAAAAAUGAMAGCCAACCCAACUGUUGGUGUCAAAAACAACACCUCUACCGAAAAGAAUGAUUACGGACCGCCCGCGAUCGAUCGUGACAUGGAUUUCUGGGUCAUGGAUGAGCCUACCAACUAUCAGGUCCAGGACAGAAAUUUACCCAUGAAUGCARCAGACGAGAGGGACUUUGACUACGUCGGUCCACCUUCCACCAGCCCCGGUGAUCCGGAUGCCGAYUCAGUCAAACACCCAUACGAAGAUGGCAAACAAAAAGAACCAAAGAAGAAAAGACUAAUUCUGGAAGGCAUUCCCAUGCCUUGGCAUUCRUCUUCUUCGAAUGACGACGGAACAUCAUCGGAGGGAUCGGCGAAGUCAAUGGGAAGUACUGGGACCCUCAGUCAGAUGUAUUUUGAUGCGGCCGAAGCCGGAAGCAUAUUUUCGGCAAAGCGUGGUUUCAUCACSUUGGACACAGUUUUGGACAUCAAAGACGCACAGCGGCGGCCAGGAGCACGGUGCCCUGUUGCAGCUUUGUGUAUUCUUUCUACCGGAGACCAGCUCUAUGCUCCGUAUUUGCAAAGACCUCAUCCGUUGACAGACGAUGUUGCUCUUCAAAGGCGAAUCAUGCUUACAAAGUCAGACGAAGGCAGAGAAAAGAAGGGCGCUUUGAAAGGAAGACUAGACCUUGCUUAUCGAUUGCAAAAACCCAAGCUGAUCAGUGAUAUGAAUUCCUUUAAAGCAGCCAACCCCAAGUGCUCAUUAGACGAUUUUGCGAAGUGGUAUGGAAAUCCCGGAAGCCCCUUUGAAAAUUACAACAUCGAAGAUCCAAUCAGCGACGAAAUAUCUGUGCAAAGUGCCUUCCAAGAAUCCGCAGCCAAAAAAUUGGACAAGGCAUCCGAGGCUAUGCGGGUUUUGGUGGCGACUCGUGAUUUUUGGAGCGAGUGCUGGGAGCAGUCGUCUCCCAUCCCUGCCGCCGAACAACAACCUCUCUUCGACCACGUUAGUACCGUGGAAAUGGUCAUCGACUAUCUUGAACAGCUCCAUCCAGCGAAUCUGAUGAAUCAAGUAAUGGCAGUCAACCUUUCAUCUGCUUAUUUUGCUCUUGCCUCUUCUGCCAAAGCCACRAUGAAAAUUGGCAUUGUUCAAUUGUCGAUGAAAAUGCUUCGGCAAAAGACAGAGAAAGCUCUUAAACUCUUGUCCCAUAACUCCCUUGGAAAGCUAUCUCAGAUUAGUGACAGUCGACGGAGCGGCACCGGAAGCACAGUUGGAACCACAAGCGGUGUGACUUCCUCACAAUUUGCAUCGGAACAGGCCAUCUGCGCCUGCGAAGACGUUUGCAACGCCCUCAGCGUGACCGAGACCAUGAUGGCCCGGGCGACCUCCCUUCUUCAUAAGUUUCCGGACCAGUAUAAGCUCGUCUCUGAUCUGCUACGCUUUGCUGACGGAAGCACCCUAGCCCUGACCGAUCGUGGCGGGCGCUCCAAUUUCUUGAAGCUGGUUUUCGAUCAACAACAGAAAGAAAACAAGCUGCUGGAUCCAUCGAAGGACAAACUUCCAAACCCUAUGCUUCGAGAAUAUGUCUUUCGGAACCUCGAUGACGACAAUCCUUGUCAACUAGCAGUCCGAUUCGGUGACGAAAUUACCAAUCUUGAUCGUGGGGAAAAUGAAGGAGGCGUUCUUUUGGCACURAAUAAAAGUUAUUACCACAAGAAUAACGAGGAUGGGAACUAAAUAGGGAGCUGAUGAGAAAUAAUUUUGUUCCGUAGUUUGCAUUUAGUAGUAUAAAUGUUCCAUUCAGAGUAUUGAGUCUUCAUGCGGUAAUACAUAUUGCGUAGGUGA